AUGCGCGACCCAGAGGAGAACCCUUACAAAAGCAAGUACCUCGCCCGCGAGAUCCUCGAGCUAGCUGUAAAGCAGCUGGAGGCCUUGCUGGCUGACGAGGAGGACUCCUCUAGCCUCCAGGGCAAGGAGGUGCUGGCCAGGUUGUUCCUCUUCCUGGGCAAGAACUUGUACUACUGCGAGGAGGUGCCUGGGGCGGAGAAGUACUUUAUCCGGGCACUGGAGAGAUACCUCCGGUCCCCGUUGCGGGCUGAGCCGGAGCCCUUCUGCUACAUCCAGGAUGUCUUCAACCAGCUGGGCAUGCUUUGGUGCAACCGCGGGGGCCACAAGGAGGGCAUGAACUUCCUGCGCAGGGCGCAGGUCAUGUACCAGAAGAGACCCCAGGCGGUCAGAGACCAGUGCGAGGAUCGCUGCGAGAACAACUACACCAUGACCAUGUUCUUCCUGGCACAGGCCUAUGGUGCCUUGCAGAAGCCCCACCUCUCCGCGCGCUUUUGCGCAGAGACCAUGAGCCGACAGCUGGAGUCCAACACCUCGGGCCGCAGCGCGGAGAUCCGCGAGCGGGACCCCUUCGAUCCCAAAGAGUGGAUCAGGAACUGCUGUGCGCUCUCGGACUUCUUUGUGAAUGAGGGCAUGUUCUGGACGGCGGAGUACUGCCUCCACUCGGGCCUGGUGCUGUGCGAGCGGUGCCAGGAGAUCGCCGGGGUGGAGCCCGAGAACAUCUCGGAGCUGCGGAACGAGUGCCUGCGGGACGUUGCCAUCAUGUACGCCGCGCGCCUGAAGUUCGCCAAGGCGGUCACCGAGGAUCCGCAGGCCUGGCAGGAGGCCUGGUGUGGGGAGCGCAGCCCGGCUGCUGAGGAGGUGUCGCAUGAGGGCUCUACGUUGAGCUUCCGGGUGGCGGCGGACCGCACGGAGCGGCCGCCGGAGGGGGGCACUGGGCCCAUCCUGUGGGACGAGAUCUUUCCGGAGGUGGUUCACCCCGAGGACAGCGAGGCGCAGGACAACCGCCUGGCAGAGGAGCACCAGGCUCCGGAGGUGGAGGAGGAGAAGGAGAGGGGCCGUGGCCGAUGGGUUGAGCUGACGGACUAUGGUUGGGAUAUUCAUGGGUGCCAUAUCAUGUAA